GCCGGCAUGCCGCUGCAGCUUUAAACGGAUUUGGGGGAAAUUGGAGAUUUUUGCUCUCAUGACGGUGGAGGUGAGCUACUGGAGCCGGAUUCUUCUGCUGUCGGUGGGGGUUCUGGCCACAUCAGCCGCCGCCCAGAACUGCAGUUACAUUUUGCAAGGUCCAAACGGGACACUACAGAGUCCCGGUUUCCCGUACGGUUAUCCAAAUUAUGCCAAUUGUACAUGGACAAUCAAUGCCGAGGAGCAGAACAGGGUACAGCUUGUAUUCCAGUCCUUCGCUUUAGAGGAAGAUUUCGAUGUUUUAUCUGUCUACGAUGGAUUGCCACUGCAGGGAAGUCUAAGAACGAGGUUAACCGGUUUCCAGUUGCCUCCUCCCAUCGUGAGUACUGGAAUGGUGCUAUCUUUGUGGCUUGUGAGCGAUUACGCAGUCAGUGCUCAAGGAUUCCAGGCAAACUACGAAGUUCUACCAAGUCACACCUGUGGAAAUCCAGGAAGGCUCCCAGAAUGGAAUCCAGCAGGGGAUCGAUGUUCAGCGAUGCAUGGCGACAAAGCAAGCGUUACAGCUGCAACUCCAGGCUUCUUUCUGGAGGGCCAUGCACUACUCACUUGCCAUGCAAGUUCGGGAAAAACUUACUGCCUCUCCUGGGACUUCCCUCUGCCCUCCUGUCGAGCUGAUGAUGCAUGUGGUGGGACCCUUCGGGGGCAGAGUGGAAUUAUUUCAACUCCCCAUUACCCUUCGGAGUAUAACAACAAUGCUGAUUGCACGUGGACCAUUCUAGCAGAGCCCGGGGACACCAUCGCUUUGGUGUUUAUGGAUUUUCAACUGGAAGAUGGAUAUGAUUUUUUAGAAGUUACGGGAACGGAGGGGUCAUCACUAUGGUAA